UAAAAGGAACGAAUGGAAGAUAAGCUAAAUAUGAAAAAAUUUUUUUUUAGAUUUAUUUUCAAGUUGUACACUUUUUUUUUUCACAAGACAAAAAUUAGAAGAAAGACUUUAAUUGUUAAAAGAUAAUUUUUGGAGAUACUCCUCCCACUCCAAAAAAAAUUUUAAUGAUAAUUCUGUUUUAAUAAAAUCAAUUACAUCCAUUGUUUUUGUUUGAUUUUUUUUAUUAACAUAAUUUGUUUCCUUUCUUCAUGACAAAUAGUCGUGAUUGGUGGUCAUCGGAAAAGAGUGGAAAGAAUAAUGAAAAGAACGCACAAGAAACGUUUCGUGUUUUUAGUUGGAAUAUCUUAGCGCCACAGCUUGUUUUUCCAGAGUUGUAUAAACAUAUAGACUUUGCCUUACUUGAUUGGAAUAAAAGCCGUGUAGAGUCAAAAAAAUACUUGAAUGUAUUUUGGAAUACAAUCCGGAUAUUGUAACAUUACAAGAAAUGUCGGAAUCGGCAUUUGAAACUAUUUUCGUUGUGAAAAUGAAAAGAUGGGGAUACGAAGGUUUUUUUGUACGCAAAUCUUUUUCAAAUCAUGUUAAAGAACUAGAAGGUGUUGCAACGUUUUGGCGUUUGAACCGUUUUUCAGCUUUAGAAACUCAAAAAAGUUCUUUAAAUUUUGAUAGUUCAUAUGAUAGACCUCAAGUAGCAUGUUUUGUGGUUCUACAGGAUCAUCUAAGGCCUGAGGAGAAAUUAAUUGUAUGCAAUACACAUUUAUUAUUCAAUCCUUCGCGUGGUGAAGUAAAAUUAGGUCAACUUCAAAUGCUGUUCUUAUCAGUUUGGCGUUUACUGCGUAAAUGGUCUUACCAUGAAACAUUACCGUCAAGUCUAUUUAACUUAUGUACUGAAUGGGAUUCUUCGUUAAUUUGGAAAAAAGCCUAUGACGCUUAUAUUCAAUGGGAGAAUGAUCGUGUUAUACUUGAAAAUCUACCAGGGCUCUUAUUAUGUGGAGAUUUUAAUUUCACUCCAAAUAGUUGUCUUUAUGAAUGGAUAACAAAGGGUUUCUUUGAUUUCAAAAACUGCGUUAACGUGAAACAAUUCUCAGGUCAAUGUUCUUUUUUACAAAAAUUAUACAAAGUGGAUAAAAAAGCACGUGAAAAUCGAGGCGCGGCUCCUUUAUUUAGUUCACGUUGCGAACUUAGCACUUGUCGAAAGGAAAACACUUCAAAAAAGAAAACCUUUAAAGACAAAUUUCCUGGUACUCGAAAUUCCAUUUCUCGAGGGCUUCCUUUGAAAUAUAUUCAUCCAUUACAACAUGUUGAAGCCUUGUAUCUUUUUAAUAAACCAUGUAUUAUAUGGGCUCCUAAAAUAAUUUUACAUCAAGCAGAAAAAAAAUCUCAAUUUUUUUGUACAGGCAAAUUCAAAAAUUCAUCCUGCACUAAUUUACACACACCGCGUCUUAGCAAUCUUCAUUCAGAAACGAUUUCCACACAGCUUUAUCAUCCUUUUCCUUUAUGUAGUGGUUAUGCUCGUAACUCCCAUGUCAAACCAGCACUCUCAUCAUCCGUUACUUCACUUGAUAUAACGUCAGAGUUAACUGAACCUGCGUAUACUGCUUAUUGCGGAGCUCAAAAAGGGUGUAUUGACUAUAUCUGGUAUUCUUCUAAUGAAUUGAAGGUUACAAAAAUAUUAGAGUUCCCUCAAGUUGGCUUUUUAAAAAAAAUUCAAAACAUUCCUCAUUCGGUAAAUUGCGUCUGGAAACAAGAUUUAAAAUGUUUCAAUUAUGAUUUCUGUAGAAUUUUCCUGGUUCCGAUCAUUUUUUUUUGGUCAUCGAUUUUGAAUGGACUCCUCUAACCAAUAGAACUGUAGGAAUUCUCCUUUAGCAAAAUUAUUUUUGUUUCAUGUCAAUACGUUAUUAAAUACACCCUACCACCUUGAAGUUUUUUCUGUUGCGUAUUUUUUUUAUUGAUUCCAUAUGAAAAUAUCAAAUUUGAAUACAAAUGUAAUAUGGAUAAACCGAACGGUUGGACAACAGUACUUUUUUUUUUUUGUUGAAAAAAAAUGAUGGUCAUUCCAAUGUAUUUUUUUUUGCAAUGGCACCGUUUUUCAUGAGAGUGUCUUCAUGCUCAAAUGG